CUGAAUAGUGAACACACACUACAUCAGUCGGCACAAAUUGACUUCUACACUCGAUCAAAUUCCACAUUUGAUAUUUCGUGAACUGCUAAUCGAAGUAGAACAGAAGUUCGCUUCUACUCUCGAUCAUAUUCACUUCUACACUGGUGUACUUACACAGUUGCAUCAUAUAUUCGAAGUUGAGCAGAAGUUCAGAAUAACACAACGAUGGAGUCGGUCAAUCGGACACUGGAGAACCGAAGUUUUUGGAAAGCAGGAGCAUUCGAUAUUGGCCCAACAAACUGGACUCCUUCUCAAGAUGAAUUGGAGCAUGCUCGUGUGCACCCAAAGUUUCUUCAUUCCAAUGCAACUUCACACAAAUGGGCUUUUGGAGCAAUUGCUGAGCUGUUGGAUAAUGCUGUUGAUGAGAUCAACAACGGGGCAACUUUUGUGAAAGUUGACAGAAUCUACAGCAAAAGGGACAAUUCUCCUGCUUUACUUUUUCUUGAUGAUGGAGAUGGAAAUGGGUUCAAGACAAGCACUAUGAGAUUAGGAGCUGAUGUGAUUGUUUUCAGUCGUGCAUCUAAAAACGGUCAAAAAACCCAAAGUGUUGGCCUUUUAUCUUAUACAUUUCUACGCAAAACUGGACAAGAUGAUGUCAUUGUCCCAAUGAUUGAUUUUGAUAUCUCAAAGCAUUGGGCAGAACCUUUAAUAUAUGGCUCUCAGGAUGAUUGGUCUACUAACUUGAACACAAUUCUUGAAUGGUCUCCAUUUUCUUCAAAAGAUGAUUUAAUGCAACAGUUUGAAGAUAUUGGAUCACAUGGGACAAAGGUUCUUAUAUAUAACUUAUGGCUCAAUGAUGAAGGCAUCUAUGAACUCAACUUUGAUGAUGAUGAUGAGGAUAUAAAAUUGAGAGAUGAAGUUUCUCGUUUGUCCAAAUUAAGCAAGAAAGCAGCUGAAAUAGAAACACAUAUUUCUAAACGCCUUCUACAUUCAUUAAGGGCAUAUGUUUCUAUGUUGUACCUCAAAAAGUUUAAAAACUUUAAAAUUUUCUUAAGGGGGGAACCUGUAGAGCAGUUUAAUAUAGCAGAUGAAUUGAAAUGUAAGGAAGUUGUCAUUUACAGACCACAUGUUUCUUCAAUGAGAGAGGCGAUUAUGGAGACAACCCUUGGAUUUAUUAAAGAAGCACCUGCUCUUCCAAUUACUGGAUUUAACAUAUAUCAUAAAAAUCGCCUUAUUCGACCCUUUUGGAAAGUAACUGGUGAUGGGAAUUCUAAAGGAAAUGGAAUUGUGGGAGUUCUUGAAGCAAAUUUUAUAGAACCAGCACACGACAAACAGGAUUUUGAAAGAUCAUCUUUAUUCUCAAGGCUGGAAUCGAAGCUUAAACAGAUGCAAAUGGAAUACUGGAGAACUCACUGUCACUUAAUUGGGCACCUGCCCGAUCCAAGUUUCCUUCGAAAAUUGGAAAAGACAUCAUCCACUCUGCCACUUCAAACCCAAGGUCAAAGGUUUGACCAUAGUCAAAGUCAACCCAUGCCUGGUCUUGCGGUCAACCCAAGGCCCGAUUUGAUGGCUAACCAUGGUCGAACCGUCUACAACAAUGGCGUACCUGUGGCUCGGGCUCCUCCUGGAUUUGACACCGGUUUUGAUCAAGAAGUGACACGUGGAGAUGGUUCAGUGGAUAUUGAUCAAAUUUGUGAUGAAAACAUCCAACUUUUCAUGAGAUGUGAGGAGCACACACAAAGGAAGAAUGAGUUAACAACUACGGUUAAUGAUUUGGAGAAAAAGGUUGCGGAAACCAAAAGGAAAUGUGCCGAGCUUUCUUUGCGACUUGAGCUUCUAAGGAGGCAGAAUUUUGUAUCAUAAAAUAAUUGAUAUUUUUUGAUGGUUAAUGCUGUUUUUUGGUCUGUUGUGUGUUUGUAUGUGGAAGAAAUGGUUGUAGCAUUAGUAGGUGCAUAUUAGCAACUUUUGGUUAUAUUUCUCUUUAAACAAAAUAAGGUUUUGAUGGCAUUAGGAAAUGUAGAGGGAGAAAAAUCCUAAAAAUUGAAACGGGUGGAUAUGUCGGUAUUUAGGGC